UCACUCACUCACUCACUCUCUCUCUCUCUCUCUCUCUCUCUCUCUCUCUCUCUCUCUCCCUCUCUCUCUCUCUCACACACACACAGGACAUAAACGCAGCUGCAGAGAGACGACGAGCAGGAUGCAGGAGGAGGCUCCACGCCGGCGUUCUGUGGCUGAACUGGCAGGAAGGUUCACGGCCUCGGCUUCUCCACGCGACGCUGCUGGGAACGAAACGGAUAAGCUGGUCAGACGACGACCUCCCUGCUCCUUACAACUCCCCAAAACACAUGGAGACGACCCGGAGCAGCCUCCAGGUGUCACCUCACCUCUACCUGCCAAAACCAAGAGGAACUCUGCUCUGAUGGAGAAGAUUCAGGCCCUCGCUCUCUCUCCCUCGAGCCAGCAGUCCUCUCCAAAGAGCCCUGGCCACAGGCUGCUGCUUCCCGCCUUCCCCGGCUCUGUCCCAGUAACCACGGUAACCACCUCGUCCUCUGUGACCCCCACCAGCCCAGUCGCCACCUCUCCACGAACUGAAGAGGAAGUCCCUGCCUCCUUUGAAGCCCCUCCCACCACGGCAGAGGGGUCCAUCCUGUCCAGCAUCAACAAGAGCCGACCUCGUCACUCCAUCAAGCGUCGGCCUCCAUCCCGCCGCCACAGGAAGUCCAGUAGCGGAGAUGAAGUCAGUGUUGCUGAUGUAGCAGACAAAGCAGCAGGAGAAGAAGGAAAGGAGGUGGAGGACAAAUCAGACGAGACAAAGGAGGACAAAUCGGACGAGGCGAAGGAGGACAAAUCGGACGAGACGAAGGAGGACAAAUCGGACGAGGCGAAGGAGGACAAAUCAGACGAGACGAAGGAGGACAAAUCGGACGAGGCGAAGGAGGACAAAUCAGACGAGGCGAAGGAGGACAAAUCAGACGCUCCAACAUGUCCUGAGGAAAACCACAAAGAAGAUCAGUCAAAAACUGAGCCUGGAAAAGAGGAUGAGAAGGAGGGAGAGAACAGAUCUAUGGGAGGAGAGGAGGGAGACACAUCUCCAUCAGAAACAAAGGAGGAGGAGAAAACCUCAGGAGAAAAACACAGAGAAGAUGUGAGUGAAGGAGCGACAAACCCAGACAGCACAGAGGAAAAGAGCGGGGAGACGAGGAGUCGGAGCUGAGCCCGACGCAGAUUCAGACGUUUGGCCGAGUUGAUGCUCUGCAGCCCUCAAGGCGUCGGGCGGAGACCCUGCGGCAGCGAGGCCUGAAGGAAAAGGUCUGCGUGAGACUGAACUCUGGACACCAACAGUCAGGAAACUCUGAGCUGCUGUUUGUCACCACAGCUUCUGUCACUGGUUUAACUGGGACUUUAUCUGAAAGUCCAGGUUUAGUUCACCAUCAAGUUCAGUCUGACAAGAAAAUCCUGAUGAUGCUCGACUCGAAGCCUUUUUACGCUGGAUUUGUUCCUUUUUGUACGAAUUGAAUGUGACGUUGUUACUGUGUUCACCUCCUGUUCAGAGCUGCGACUGAUGAAGGUGAUGAUGAUGAUGGAGAUGGUGUCUCUUUGUUUAAGGCACUGAAGCUUUUUCAAGUUGUGCAACAAACUGUGAAGUUUCAUUUAAAACAUUUUUAACAAGAACAUUUUUUAUUGUUUGAAACACGUGUGAAGAAUCAGCAGGUGAAGAAGCUGUAAAUUCUAAACUUUGAAGCCGGAGGCGUCACAUGGGCCUUAAAGCGUGAGCUGAAAUUAAAAUGCUUAUUUUUGC